GCGCCCGAAGGGCCCGUCGGCGGGACCACAAGCGGCCUCAUUCUCCCGAGACGGACAGAACCCAUCUGUUGUAUCUGAACAGGACCAGACUGUCGCCCUCUUUAGACUGCGCGGGAUCUAACAGAGAGAAGCAGCGGCGGGGACAGAAAGGUUCUUGUUGUGUCGCUGUGCAUCACUGCUGUGUCUCACACUGUCCUCCUUUGUGUUUCUGACAGAGUGAGAAGCCCCAGACGUUUCUGUCCAACAAAGACUCGUACAGAAUGUCUUGAUCCAAACCAAAGCACGUCUUCCUCUCUACCAAGGCCCUCUUUUAUUCUGACUUUUUGGAAAAAAAUGCUUAAAAGCUGCUCAGUGUCCCUCGGUUCCCGGCAGGCUUUGGAGCAUAGUGGACGUAAAUGACAUCCAGUAAUCUUUCAUAUUUCCAGUGGUGGAUUCUGCAGCACAACAGCGUACCAGCAUGAAGCCAGUGGCCGUGUGCUCCGCUGCACCGGAGGAGGAUUCCGACCGCCGGCCUCUUCCUCCCGGGUGGAGCAGCUACACCUCGCCCGAGGGGCUCCGCUACUACGUCAACAGCUGCAGCAAAGAGACAACAUGGCGGCGUCCCUCCCCGUCAGCCGAGGCCCCGCAGAGAGCGCUGGCACCACAGAACGCCGCUCCGUAUGGUAACGCCGAGCCGCCUCGCGCACGCGCUUUCAUCUUCUGCGCCCGUUCCCACGAGGCCGCCCCGACCCGAGAACGCAAACCCCACCCAGCGAGAAGCUGCUUUAACACAGAGAGCUGAUGAUAACCGGAACGUGUGUUCUCGCGUGUCGGGUUGACCGUCGUCGCCAUGAUGAUGGUUUCCAUUUGGCGCCACGGGGUCACAACUUAAUGUUUCAACAGCGGUAAAUGUGCUUAUUACCCUAAAACCUAUGGAAUGCAGUUUUAGUCAAAAUUAAAUAAAUACGUAAAUACAUGAAAUAUGCAUUUGAAAUACAUCAUGAAAU